AUGCAGUCGCAUGCCAUGCUGCCCGUUGCUAGGAUGAGUGCUGCGACACAUGUGAUCGUUCAGGAGUGCCCGGAGUGCCCCGAAGGCUCUGACUCAUUAGCAGUCGAAGAGCACAAGUCCUUUCUAGUGGUCUGCGGGGAGUACUUCCAUCGGCUGCGCAUGAGGGAGGUUCUGCCCGUCCUCCAGAGCGAGACUGGCCAGCGCUACGUGGAGUACACCUGCGUCCGGUACGUCUACAGUGAGAGCCAGGGCGCCGAGUCCUGUGGCGCCUUUGUCAUGGCAGGGCACAGCAUCCCCGAGGCUCAGAAGAUGCACGGCCGACUGCGGGCUGGCGGCUUGAGGGACCAGGAAGCCCGGAGUGUCAGGGAAACCUGCGGCUUGAACUCCAUCCACGUCCCAGUUCCCAGCCGACUGGAGGCCUUGGUGGCGGAGUUCGGGCACUUCACCUACGUCUUCAACUCCAUCGGGAUCUGGACCUACGUUGCGUACACCACCUGGAAUAUUGGCCUCCUGUGGCUGCUGAUGACGCUGGGUUCCGGCACUUACCGGGCCCUUGGGAUCACGAGACCGGGUCAGAAGAGGGUAUCUGAUCUGGCGAGGAUGCAGAAGGCCUGUGUGGUCCUCCGGGAUCGUCAGCUUGAGGAGGUGGACGUUUCCGAGAUUGUUUUGGGGGACAUCGUGCAGGUCCAGGGAGGAGCCGACGCGGAGCUGCCCUGUGAUGGCGUGGUGAUCAGCGGCAGCCUCAUCGUGGACGAGUCGAUGCUGACAGGCGAGCCGAUGCCCAUCGCCAAGAUGCCCGUGGAGGAUGCCCCUUGCAACCACUUGCACGUCAAGAGCAACAAGGCCUAUGCAGGGACCCGAGUGAUUGAGUCCAGGGGGGAGAAAGAGAACGGAGGCCUUGCCCUCAUCUACUGCACUGAAGUAGGGGCUCGCACCGCCAGGGGCGAACUGGUGAGGAUGGUUCUGUUCCCAUCGAGUGUGAAGUUCAAGUACACUGACCAGCUGCCCCUUGUUUAUGCUUUCAUGUGCCUUUACGCCAUCCUGGCUGUGAUCCUGCAUCUUUCGGCGGUCGACCCAGGCUCCGGCGUGGUGCAGUACUUGCACAUCCUCUGUUCCCUCUGUGGUGCACUUAGCCCUAUGCUACCCGUCUCGCUGGUCAUGGGCCAAUCCGUCUCCGCCAAGCGGCUCACUGGGCAAGAGUACAACAUCAAGUGCCUGCAGCCCGGCCGAAUCCCCAUCGCUGGGAAGAUCUCCACCAUGGUCUUCGACAAGACCGGCACGAUCACCAAGUCGACCAUGGACUUUGCCGGCGUGCAUAUCGUGCAUGCGGUGCGCACGGACGUGGAGGCCCAGCUGCAGUCGGAGGGGGCGCGCUUCUUGCAGCCGCUCAGACUCGAGGCACUCGAGGGUUGCGAGAGGCCCGGGAGGCCCGAGACUCUCGACUCCGAUUGCGAGUGCGGCAAAGCCGUUCUCGAAAGCUGGCUGCUGGGGAUGCCCGAGCUCCUGCACUCCGCGCUGGCCGUGUGCCACACCGUGAAGCAGCUCGAGGACGGCAGCCUUGUAGGCAACGAGCUGGAAUGUGCGAUGGUGCGGAAGAUGAGCUGCAGCAUCGGCCACGACACCAUUACUCUCGCGAACGGCCAGAAGUAUGAGAUCCUCCGAGAACUUCAGUUUGACCACAAAAGCAUGACAAGUGGCAUCGUUGUCCGAAGACAGGGCCAGGUGGGCGAAGUGGAUGUCUUCGUGAAGGGCUCGCCCGAGAAGAUCCGAGCCUUAGCCCUCCCAUCGUCCCUGCCACCUAACUACGACCAGACGGUCAUGCAGCAUGCAAAGGCCAACUACUACACCAUCAGCAUCUGCCACAAGAGGCUUCGUGCAUCUGAUGAGCAGGUGGGUGAGCUUCCUCGCGGGGACCUCGAGGAAAACGUCGCGCUCUGUGGGCUGCUGCUCUUCAAGAACGAGAUGAAGUCGGAAGCGCCUGAGGCAAUCCAGCAACUCAAGGACGGCGCAGUUCGAAGCGUCAUUUGCACGGGGGACAAUGAGCUGACUGGCAUUGCCAUCGGUAGGCAGUGUGGCAUUGUGUCCGGUGACUGCCUGCUCGCCACUGUAGAAAGCCAGCAACUGGUGUGGCAAGACCCCGACAAGGAAGGGUCUCUCCAAGCGCGCAAAGCGGAGGAUUCCGACUGUCAGCUUGCUCUUACUUGCGCUGCAUGGCAUCACCUUUCUGAGCGGGAGCCGGCUUUACUUCAGAAGCUCUGGCCACGUUGCGUCGUGUUCGGUAGGAUGAAGCCGGAUGACAAGGUCAACGUAGUCAAGUACUUCCAGCGCCAGGGCUUGGUUGUCGGCAUGGCAGGGGACGGCGGCAACGACUGCGGAGGCCUGCGCGCAGCUCAUGCUGGCAUCGCGCUGUCCAGUGCAGAAGCUUCCUUGGUAGCCCCGUUCUCAACAGGCAGGCUGGAAGGCCAUGGUGUGAACGGGAGAAGCGGCCAGAUCUCACUUCUGACCAUCCCAGACCUCAUCCGCGAGGGGCGCGCAUGUUUGGCCACCAACCUGGCCACCUUUACCUACUUCAUCGUGCAAGCCAUCAGCAUCAGCGGCAUGAACUUGACAAUUCUGAUUGAUAACAAUGUCACUGUCGGGGAGUGGAUGUGGUUGACAAAGGACAUCGGCUUGGGCAUGGUCAUGACCUUCUUCAUGACAAGAUCCAGAGCCUUGCCGUAUCUGGCCAGCAUCCGUCCAACAGCGAGCUUGCUGGGCGCACGGACCGUGUGCACCAUCACUGUGCAGGUUCUACUCAACUGGCUCUUCUUCUUCUGCGCUUUCAGAAUGCUCAAGUCGCAGCCCUGGUAUGACCCCCUCAACCCCGUUUUUGACAUCUCCAUCGCGCCACACCUUUGGAUGUUGAAAGGGGACAACUACGACGGUGCCUUGUGCUCGCUUUUCUGGCUGACCUCACUGGCAACGGUCUCGUACGUCAACACAUACGGAGGCAACUUCCGGAGGAGCGUUUGCCUGAAUUGGGGGAUCAAUGCUUCGUACCUCUCCGUGCUUUUCCUUGUUGCCUUCAUCACCCUCUCCGCCCCGAACCUACUGAACUGUCUUUACCGGGUCAACUGUGACACGCCGAACUCCCUGGCAUGCAAGUCGCUUCCCCUUCUGGACGAGCUGUCUGUGGGAGGAGUCGGCGAGUGCUUUCUCGGCCCCCAGGUGAAGUAUUGGCAGAAUCAUACACGUCCGCAUCUCCCUCUUGCAGAUGGCGACUCCCCGUGGCUUCCUUCACCAGACACGGACUGUCUACCUCCAAAAGCAAUACUGGAGCAGUUGCCGCUCGAUCACCCGAUCAUCAGCACUGGCAAAGGCUUCAACGUCGGCGCCUGCGUGGGACCGAAUAACUGCUUCGGUGAGGCCUUCAAGUGGAAGCUCCUGGGCCUUUUGGCCCUCCUUGCUUUCCUCCACCACUUCGUGAUGAAGUUCGUCUUCCUGGGCCCCGUCGCCCAGCGCCUGCGGUCAAGCAAGCCACGCUUCAGGCGCUCCCAGGAUGCCGAGGCUGCUCAAGGAGAUGGACACUUCAGCCCUGUGUAUCCCGAGGAACCCAGAGGAGAAGAGCCGAAGAUCCAGAAAGUCUUCUGCCAUAAUCGCAUCCUUCCGUACUCGAUGUUAAGAGACGAAGGAGGCGAGCAACGCCCAGAUGGCGGAAGGCUGAGGGCAUGUGCUCAAGCUAGUUCAACCCCACAUCUGCGAAAGCAGAUCCUGUGGCAGCUCUUCCUCACACUGUCGGUUAGUGAGAUCAAGACCCACUGGGCCACCUUCGGCGUAAUUUUCUUCGCCUUCGGCAUGAAGAACUUGGUCAAUCAGGUGGAGAUUGCCUUCGCGAGAUCACUCGUGUCCUGCACAGAGCCACUUUUGGACGUCUACACUGGAUCCCAGUGGUGCGGCAACCGCCUGGAGGUCAUCAGUGUAGGCUACUCCAUCUCCCAGCGCGGGCAGGCGCAAGAGAGCUGCGCCAUGCUGGCCUCCAUCCUCAUGGUCGCCGUUCUGGGGUCCGUGUUCGGGCGCAAGGUCGUUCUUAUGGCGGGCCUCUGCGGCACCACCCUCUCAGUGGCUCUCUUCAUCCUGGCCUGCGCGCUGCCGAGCUGGAGCCGUACGCUUUUCGUCCUGGGCCAAGGUCUACAAGGCCUCCUUCCCAUCGACCACUUAGCAGGCCUCAUCUACUUCGACAUCUCGAGGAAGGGGGGCGGAAUGGCCACAUACCAGGUGAAGGGCCUGCUGGACAUGAUAGGGAACCUCUUGUGGGGUCCUGUGCUGGGAAACGUCGUGCAGUACCUGGAGUUGGCGUCUUGGCGCUUAAGAUGUCGGGUUUCCAUCGCGGGGGUCUUCGCAUAG